GUAGGUGUACACACAUGGCGCAGCCCGGCGCCGACGACGCCGCGGCGCGGUUCGAGGCCGCCGUGUGUCGGCUCGCGCUGCGGCUGCAGCCGCCAGCCGAGCUGGACGGCCGCGACGAGCUCGUCCGCCAGCGCAUGGAGCGGGCGAUGAAGACGCGGUGGCGGAACGCGAGGGUCGCCAUCUUUGGCUCGGCCGGCACGGGGCUCCGCGUGGGCGCCGGCUCGGACGUCGACCUUUGCGUCAUCCUUCCCGAUGAGCAGCGCGGCGAGCGCGCGCGCGCCCGCCUCGCAGCGGCCGAUGCCGAGCUCGCCGCUGCGGCGAUGGCGCACCCGGAGGCUGCGCGGCAGAGCUCGCUCCUCGCGACGGCCGAGCGCGAGGAGCGGAUGGUGGCCUCCGACCUGAAGGCGCAGAAGGAGAAGGCCGCCCGCCUCGCCAAGCGGCUCGCCAAGGAGGGCGGCGGUCACGACAACGAAGCCGACUCGCCGGCUGCACACGGGGGACCUCCGCCGGCGCCGGCGCCGCCGCCGCCGCCGCCGCCGCCGCCGCCGGCGGCGCGCGCGCCGCCUUCGCCUGGCACGCCGCAGCUACUCACGCUGCGCUUCACGUCCGCCUCGACGGUGCAGUGCCGCCUCAACUUUGCGGCGCUCGACCUGCCCCCGCCGCCCGCCGCCGCAAGCGAGGAGGCGAGGCUGGUCGAGGAGGCGAGGCUGGUCGAGGUCGCAGAGUUUGCCACCGCGCCGCCGCCGCCCACGCCAAAGCUGGCGUCGAAGUCGCCCGCCUCGACGACGAGGAAGAGGAGGCUGCAAACUCCGCCGUCGACCGAGGCGGCGCUCGCGGCGACCCGCGAGGCGGCGGAGGCAGAGGCGGCGAAGCGUGUGGUGUUCGACGUGGCGGGCGCGAUGCGGAGGGGCGGCGGGAAGGCGUACAGCGACAUCGAGCCCAUCCGCCACGCGCGCACGCCAGUGGCCGUCCGCUCGCCGCCGCUGCUGCCCGAUUUGCAACACCCGGACCUGACCAAGCACAUGCCCGCCGCCGUCUGCGAGGGAAUCGACGUCCGCUUCCAGGCCGGCGGCACGAGCGACACCAACGACUCCAACGACACCAACGGCGCCAACGGCGCCGACGGCAUCGGCGGCAGCGGCGGCGGCGGCGGGGCCGGCGUCGGCGCCGUGCGCUCGCGCGGCGGGCGCUUCACGCUCCCUCGCACCGAGUGCCGCUGGCACCGCCUCGCCACCGACCCGGCGGCCAAGGAGGAGGCGGCUGUCCAUGCCGCGGCGUUCCGCAUCUCCAUCGAGGACCCGUUCGAGACGCAUGACGCGCAGGCCUCGACUAGUACCCUACCAACCCCGGCCACGCUCAGCGAGCGGGGCAUGGCGCGCCUCGUGUCGGAGUGGGCGUCGGCCGCCGCCGCGCUCGCAAAGGCGGAGAGCGCGCCCGACACCAGCGCUUGCGACCGCCUCCUCACCGAAUGGCUCGGCUACGCCCCGCCGCCGCCCUCUCCGCCCGAAGCCAAGCCGGCUGCGGCCAGGCCGGUCGCGGCGAAGCUUGCUGCGGCCAAGCCUGCUGUGACUAAGCCGGUUGCGGCCAAGCCGACGGCCAAGCUUGCGGCUACAAAGCUUGCGGCUGCAAAGCCCGCAGCUGCAAGGCCCGCAGCUGCAAGGCCCGCGGCUGCAAAGCUUGCGGCGGGUAAGCCCGCGGCGGCUCAGCCUCUCCUCGUGCAGCUGUGCGCCGCCGCUGUCGGCCCGCCGCCGCCCGUCGCCGCCGCCGCCGCCGCAGUCCCCGCCGCCGCAGUCCCCGCCGCCGCGACGCCCCUAAUAGUCCCGUCGCCGCACACCGCCGGCCGGCGGAUCUUUGCGCGCGCCGCGCCCGAGGAGGAGGGCGGGGACAAGGACGCGCCGCCCGGGCACGCGCUUACCAGCCUCGCCCGGGAACCUGUCCUGCGCCGACUUGGCCGCGCCGCGGCGGCGCCGGCUCGCGGCGGGCGCGGGAGAGGGGGUGCCGCCGGCCGCGGUGCACCCGCGACCGAGGCCCCAGCUGGCAAGAUGCCGGUGCCGGCGCAGGGCACGCCCGGCCGCGUGUACGGCGGCGCGGCGCGCGGCAAGGGCAAGGGGGCGGCGAAGGGGGCGGCGGCGGGCGGAAAGGGAGGGGGGCGCAAGGGAGGCGCAUGAGAUGGGUGAGAGAUGACGCCCAGCUUGAGUCCUCGACUCUGGCAGGCCGGGCUGGAGUAUGAUACACAUGAAAACAAGUGAACCAUAUGUCGCAGCAGAGAUAAAGAAAGAAUGGGAAAGG